AUCUCGCGGCGUCCGAGCUUCCUGAUGUUCGGUCGAAGUUAGGAGCAGAGGCAGAGAGAGGAAACGGCGUCUUCCUGUUCAAAACUGCAAAGACACUCGAUGUGGAGUCACACUUCAUGCUGCCUUUGAGCUUUUAAAGAUUUGGAACUCAUUCACAAGCUUAAGGCCGUGAAAUAAGAAGGAAUCACCGUCAUGUGGAAACUGGAUAUUUUGAAUCAUGUUUUGUUAAGUGUGUUUAGUCACUUGAGUCUGUGUCUGUUUUAUUUGUUGUCUGUAAAGUUAAGUUAUAUGUUUGUUGUAGACGGUCACAGCCCAGAUCAGCCUAAAAGAGGUCUGGGCAGUCAUGAGCUCCCUACUUUGUCACUUCCUUUUCCUCUCAGCGCACUGCUCUCGGACGAGUCUCAAUAGUUUUCCAAUUCUGAUACCUCCUUUCCUAACAGCCUUUGUUCAAAUGUAUCCCACACUGAGGGGCCUCAGAUGUCCCUUCUUUUUGACAAGAGAUUGAGCAGAAGAGCCAUGUGCUGAAAAUUAAUAUUAUCAGCAUGUGAAUAUCAGGAAUAGACAAAAGCCAGCAAGCAACAUGAAGCUGAUUCACACGUGAACGCUGAGUUUCUUUAUCUUUAACCCCAAAUAGCUUGCAAAAUGCACGAUAUUUGACUGAAGAAAGCUUUCCAUUCAACCUUUAUUCAGUUACUUUGGCUGCAGUUUAUUCAAAAGCUCAGCAAGCUUUAAAUAAGCUACCAUAGUGACAAAUUUACAACGGAAUCUGACAGAAAACUCAUUUUCCACUGACUGUCCUGAUUUGAAUUCUAGCUUAUGUAAUAUGCAAAGCCCUCCUUAUAGACGCAGCAGAAAUGCACACUUCACAGUCUUUCACUCACGUAAAAACUGCUGAGGUGGUCGUCCGGUGGUGUACACUUUGAGCUGUGGCGUGGAGAUUAUAACUGAAAGGGAAAGAAAACUCUGUCUGGGUGGUAGUACGGGGCAGCCCAGAGGGGAUUAAUGUGUGCAAUAUGCUGUAUGGAAAGACAUACAUAUACAUAUACAUAUACAUAUACAGUAUAUAUAUAGAAAGAUAAGAUAGACAGACCAGAUUUUGGUUACUGUUGCUAUCUGUGCAGGUUUCUCAGGUGUCUCUAAAGUCCUUCUACAGCUGGAUGUUUUUUCUGGCUCAGUCGGCGUGUUCAUUCUGAUGUUCAUUCUUUUCCUGUUCCUCAUAUGCAAAUUUAAUUACACAAAAGGUAAGAGACAUGCAUGCAAUCGUUCAACUCUGGCUGUCCCAGGACCUGUUGAAAAUAUUUAUUUGAUUAUUAAGGAAAAAUGUCAAAUUAUGCCACCUGCUGGUCAUGUCUGGAGGACAUAAAUAUGCGUUUUUCAAAGCAGCACAUUGGUGAUUGGUGGAGAGACUCCAAUACGACACUGCAGAAAUACUCACAAGUUAAAGGCCCCAACAGAAAACUUACUGUUACAACAUAUUAUAAGUAUUUUACUGUAUUAGUUGGCCAAGGUGGAUAUAUUUCAUACUGUUGUGUAGACAGUACUUCAUAUUUUAUAAGCAAAUCAUAUUGUUUUUAUGAAACCUUUAAAUUGUUCAUGUGUUCCUGUUGCUGCAGAUGCAUGUAGUUUAGGAAAAAGCACAGUACUGCCUUCUAAAUAUAAAAUAGAAAUUCUGAUGUAAAGUAUUAAUUUUAGCCAUUUGAACUGUCACAUCAGACUUUCUUCCAGCUGUUUCACACUCUGCAGGAGUCAGACCAGACCAGCAAGAAGUCCAGUUGUUGCCGCAGUGUAUUUUGGAGUCUAGUUUUGCAAAACACUAGCAAGUUCCUGCAAAAGACAAUUCAGUGAAGAAUAUUAAUUGCUUUUGGACUGAUUGUUGUUUACUGUCCACGAGCGUCAUUUCAUUCUUAAGAAAAGGAAAGUAAAGCAUAAAGGCGCAAUUGUUUGCUGAAGGGGAAAUAACCUGAAUAGCUUGAAUGGAGUCGUGUUCUCCUUGAAAGGUGUGGGGCGGGGAGCAGAGAGCAGAGUUGGGUUUCAGUGCCGCCUCUUUUCUAUUCACACACACACACACACACACAUACACACACACGCUCUGCGGGGCAGUGAGGCAGGGAGUCCAGGGAGGCACUUUGGGCUGUGCGUGCGCUUAGAUUAUAGUCUCAAGCUUUUCCUGAGUGACUAUGAACUGAACCGCCAUCAAUGAAGGACUACAAUACGACACACUGCUGGUGAACCUUCACCGCUUGACCUCUGAGAAAGGGCUGAUCCGGUUUCACUCUGGACUUUGAUGUAUCACAUGAGCACUUUUAUCAAGUGAGGAGAUGGCCAAGGUGUACAGACUCUCUCUAGGAAUAAUAACAGCUCUGGCCUUGUGCAAAUGCUCCCUGGCAGAAGGCAAUGGCACACACGGCUCUGCCAAUGGGACUGCGUCCGACUGUCAUCGCCAUGGCAACGGAGACAAUUGCACAGAUGCAAUAGAUACAGGACAGGAACACGGCCACUUCUCUAAAUGUCCAGAGGAACUAACUAACUAUUGUGUCCAUGGGGAGUGUCGUUACGUCAAAGACCAGAAGGCACCGUCUUGCAGGUGUCAGCAUGGUUACAUCGGUCCCAGGUGUGAAUAUCUGGACCUGGACUGGCGGAUCGGAGAGAAACGAUCAGUCAUAAUUGCCUGUGUGGUAGCAGGGCUCGUUGUCCUCAUUCUUCUAAUUGUAUUCGUCUGCAUUUGUUCACGUCAUAGAUGCAGAUUGUGUUGUCGAAGGGAAAGACGGAGGGAAGAAGCCAGGAACGGGACCGAGAAGUUCGGCAUGACGGACGCUAACCCAGCACAAGGACCAUUAAUGGCAGACUCGCCUGAGCCAUCACACACCAACACUGAAAAGAGUGUGUGAGGACAUGUGCUACCAGGAGCCUGGAGAUUGUUUAGACAUGAGGGACUUUGUCCUUCGUGUGACAGCUGCUGCUUUUUGUCUCACAGCGACGGCAGAGUGCUGUAGGAGGUCCCUCUGUGCUGGACAGGACUGAGGCCUGCUCAAAGGAGAGACAUUUGUAUCUGGAUGAAGGUUGUGUUGGAUCAGGCAUGAGCACCGGAGCUGGUUCCAGCCUUGUCUGGGACUUUGAUGAAGCUUCGGAACAAAGAAGACGCCUUCCUGGAUUUACGAUAAACACGGGCUGGAGAUGAGUGUUCAGCUGGUUGUGUGUACGCACGCAUAUUUUCCCAAAUGGCGCCAAGCCUCAUCCACUUGUGGCCUUUUCAUUAAGGUCGGCUGACUGCACAGCGCUAAAUAAAUUGUUGCUAUGAUGGAAAAAGCUGUGACACCAGCUGGAAGCCGAUUAUAACGGUCGAUCAGGUCAUUGGUCUGCUAGAGAAACACUGAGAGGGGAGAGGGGCUGUGUGAAAACACUACACUCCAUGUUCCCUCUUUUCAGCAUAAAUAAAUUGUCAAAUGUAUAGAAAUAUGCAUUAUUAUGUUUUCAGCAUGCAGCACUUUUGUGUCAUAUUGUUUGUUUUGUGUCAUUUCACAAAUGCACAGUAUUGAUAAUUCACAGACUGCAUCGCAAAAUCAACAGUUAAUCAUCAUUUAUUCCUCUAUGCAUAGCAAUGUUUCCAUGUAAACUCACACACAAUAUUGUUACCCAUCAACAUUAGCAAUGCAAGAAGAGCCUUCCUUAUACCAAAGGGGGCACUUCUGGACUCCUAGUUUGGAGGAGGACAAGGAGAACUUGUGCUGGAGCCUUUUUUGAACUGUAUAUUUGGAGCCGAGCAGCCUCCGAGCUACAGAGGCAGAACAGCCGAGCCUGUGUGUGGAGGCUCGACUGAGGUGAAAGUGCUCCACUGUGAGAGACACCUUCUAAACUGCCAGCCUUUUGCUGACUUUUUCAUGUGUAUCUGUAUGUGUAUUAACUCUGCAUAUAAAAGUAGAACGAAGAGUGUCAGUGAAGUCUGGAAAUAUCUAUCAAUAAAUAUGUCUGUUGUAAACGUGCUGUCCAUUUAGGUUACUUUUUCCAAAGGCUCAGCUGAAUUGCAGUGACAUUCGGUAGAGUUUCAUAAGAAAAUUGCUUAGUGUUAUGAGGCGUUUUCUGAGAAAUGUUGCUCAACGUGUCCUCUGUAGACUGUCCUGAUCUUAUCCCAGGCCACUGCUGACUUGUGCUCCCACACAGUUAGACGUCUCAGCCUGUCCUGAACGCUCCAUGGCCUGCCGUCACCCUUGUUACGUGUCAUCCUUUUGAACCCCUUCUGAACAUUUAAUCAAAAUGUUACAAUGCAAUAAUUAUAUAUGUAUAUACAUAUUAUAUAAAUAACGCAAUAAUUACGAUUUGUUACGUGAAUGAGAGGUGUUCAGAACGCAUUGUGAUUAUGAUCACUUUCAGGUGAUUGUACUUUGGUUAUAGUUUUAUUGUGUUGUUGUGCUGCUAUGGUGCUGUGUUGCCAGCUGGAUCCAGAAGUGUCAUGUUGCAGGAGCCAACAAAUUCCAGUGUGAGAGUGUGAACAAAUCCUCUGAAUUCAUCCUUUAUCUUGUAUUUGACUUUGUUUCACACUGCCGUUCUUCAAAAUGUGUCGGGCAGUCUGCUAAAAAGUGAUAACAUACGAAGAUUUAAAUGUAUGAGAUACAUCGAUAUGUACAGUCAACUUUGUUAUUGGUUUAUUUUAGCUUUAAAAUGAUCUGUUUAGAAAAAAUGCUACAGGCUAGCUGUUUUCAUACAGGCUGGAGAGACAUCUCUUCUGACAUACAGCAUUUAUCUUUCUCAAGAAUCUCUCACCCCACCUUUAAUCUCUUACCAUGAAAGUAAGCUAAAAAAAAAAAAAAAGCACUAAAAAC